AUGGCUGAGGAUAAGGAGAUGUCUACUUCCGUUAUCAAUGGAAAUGAUUCUCUCACUGGUCAAAUAAUAUCUACAACAAUUGGAGGCAAAAAUGGGGAACCGAAACAGACUAUUAGUUACAUGGCAGAACGUGUUGUAGGAACGGGAUCAUUUGGAAUUGUUUUCCAGGCGAAAUGCUUGGAAACCGGAGAGGCAGUGGCCAUUAAAAAGGUUUUACAAGACCGGAGAUAUAAGAAUCGUGAACUACAGUUGAUGCGUGUGAUGGAUCAUCCUAAUGUCGUCACUCUGAAGCAUUGUUUCUUUUCAACUACAAGUACAGAUGAACUUUUCCUUAAUUUGGUGAUGGAAUAUGUUCCAGAGUCCAUGUAUCGGGUCUUAAAGCACUAUAACAACGCUAAUCAAAGAAUACCAAUCAUCUAUGUAAAACUUUAUAUGUACCAGAUCUUUAGGGGGUUGGCUUAUAUCCACACUGUUCCUGGAGUUUGCCACAGGGAUUUGAAGCCUCAAAAUAUACUGGUUGAUCCUCUUUCGCAUCAAGUUAAGUUAUGCGAUUUCGGAAGUGCGAAAAUGCUGGUCAAGGGCGAAGCUAAUAUAUCUUACAUAUGUUCACGAUUCUAUCGAGCUCCAGAGCUUAUAUUUGGUGCAACUGAGUAUACUACUUCAAUUGAUAUUUGGUCAGGUGGCUGUGUCCUCGCCGAACUGCUUUUGGGCCAGCCAUUAUUCCCUGGUGAAAAUGCGGUGGACCAGCUCGUACAUAUUAUAAAGGUGCUUGGAACACCCACCCGGGAGGAAGUUCGGUGCAUGAAUCCCAAUUACAAUGACUUUAGGUUUCCACAAAUAAAAGCACACCCAUGGCACAAGAUCUUCCACAAAAAGAUGCCUCCAGAAGCUAUUGAUCUUGCUUCCCGGCUUUUGCAGUACUCCCCAAGUCUUCGUUGCACUGCGCUUGAAGCUUGUGCACAUCCUUUCUUUGAUGAUCUUCGAGAACCCAAUGCCCGUCUGCCUAAUGGUCGUCCAUUUCCUCCUCUUUUCAACUUCAAACAGGAAUUAUCAGGAGCAUCCCCAGAGCUUGUUAAUAAGUUGAUACCCGACCACAUAAAGCGGCAAAUAGGGCUCCAAUUUGUUCAAUCAACCGUAUCAUGA